UUUUGAUUUGUAUUGCGUCAAAGAUACCGCAUAUUUAUCAACACAAACAUUCAGCAUCGCUAGCCAGAGCGAUUCGAUCCGAUUUGCAAGCUCACUCCGAUAACAAACGCGCUGUGUAUGGCCGGAGCUGGACACAAGAUGAAGGUACUAUCACUCUACAAGCAGCUACUACGUGCGUCGCAAAAGUUUGAUUCGUACAACUAUCGUAUGUACGCACUACGUCGGAUUCGCGAUGCAUUUAGAGAGAACAGAGCACUAACCGAUAAUGCUGCCAUUGCCAGCGAGCUAACGUACGCACAGAAGAAUCUAGAAAUUAUCAAACGACAGACCGUAAUUGGACAACUGUAUGGCGCACCGGAUAAGCUGGUAAUAGAGAAGUGAAAUCUCGUCAACAUGUAACACAUUCGGUUCGGACUGCUCGAUUGCACUGAAGCACACUCUGGCAGUAGGUUUGAUUGCUUUUGUUGAAGCAAAAUUAGAAAACUCAAAGAAACUAGGCAUUUGAGCAUAGGUAAUUGUUUCCUUUCUUUGUGUUUAGAAUGGUGUUCGAUGCCGUAGAAGUAAGACCGCAUUCAUCCUGUUUAUAGCCACAAAGCAUGUUAAUGGAAUAUUGCGAACGCCAUGUAAUUACAAAACCGAAGAGAUAAAUGUAGGAAAAGAGGAAGUCAAAAUCGAAAUUGUACUACCGUUUACAUUUCGUGUAUUAAUUACUAUCGUUGGACAUAGUUUUGUUUGAAUACAAUGGAAUGAAAGAUGCACUAUA